UUUUGUCCUUUCCAAUUUAAAUUUUUUUCUCCAUUUUUUUUUUCAUUUUUGUUUGUUUUCGAUAUUUUUAAGCGGUACUUUUUAAGAAAUUUUAAAUUAAUUAUGUAUGACUUUACUUAAAAACUCAAAUGCUACAACCAACAAAUCAAUACCUGACUUAUUUAGAUGACUUGAGCACUGUUGUGUUUGCUGAGGAAAUUCAGGAAGAAGCAAAUUCCUAUUUUCAACAAAUUUAUGCUCCAAAUGGACGGAUGUCUGUUGCAGAAUUUAUUUCAAAGCUUAAAUCGUUCAAGAUCUCCGCUAAUCCUCGGGAUAGGGAGCUUCUCCUCUGUGUUAUAAAAAAUCUGUUUGACGAAUACAGAUUCUUCCGCGAGUAUCCUGAAAGGGAAUUGCGAACAACGGCAGAAGUCUAUGGAGGCAUUAUAAGGGAAGAGAUUGUUGAACAAAUUCAAUUUGCUACGGCUGUUCGGCGUGUUAUUGAAUCAUUAAAUGAUGAACCUGGAAGUAUGCUUUGGACUUUUGGAAUUAUUGCUUUAAAUAGCUGUCGAGCAAUUCUUCAUAAAUAUCCAAAAUUUUGUGAGAUGGUUGUUGCUCUUGAAAGUUUUAAUCGCUUUCCUUCUGGACUCAAAGACUAUUUGACGUUUGGAGUUAAAAGUCAACUUCCUCCAACACACAGUGGUGACAGAGGGGAUAUUACUUGGACAUCUGGACAAUCCUUUAUUCCGACUGGAGGAAUGAUACAAUCUUCUCCCUUCAAUAUUCCAAUGAUUGGCUCGACACAACCUUUGUCAAUUCCGCCAAAUAUUGGAGGGAUGAAGUUUUCUGCUCCAAGAGGACUUAAUGCGGGAAAUUCCAUGUUAAACGUCACCAAUGUCGACAUUCUUGUUAGUGCAACUGAGAGAGAUGGUACACAAGUCAAACAACCUCCACAAGUUGUCUUUGAGAAAGUUGCUUUUACUUGCAACAAUUUGUGUACUAAUAAUCUCAUGGAAAAGGUUUUUUCCUUUAUAAAAAUUUUGUGCUUUUUCCUUAACAAACUAUCAAAAUUUAUUUCCUCUUACUUUUCGUGUUCACAACGUUCCCAAAUUCUACAAUCCUUCCUUGAUAUACUAAUCAUAAAACAUUUUCAGACUCAAGAAAUCAACGAACUCGUAAAGGAAGGUGGCGAAGACUUCAACAAAUGGUUUGCCCAAUAUCUGGUUAUGAAGCGUGUAACUGUCGAGCAAAACUUCCAACCUCUCUACAAUUCUUUUUUAAUGCUAAUAAACAACGAGACUUUGGAUGAAUUUAUUCGUAAAGAGACUUUUCGAAAUAUUGAUAUUCUUCUAAAAAGCGACAAACGCCAAGCUGUUUCUAAUUUUGGUGAUCGUCAAUUACUUAAAAAUCUUGGACAUUGGCUUGGAAUAAUUACUAUAGGAAGAGAUCAACCAGUUUUGGCUAGAAAUUUGGAUUUGAAGUAUUUGUUGAUUGAAGCUUUCUAUAAAGGACAACAAGAAUUGCUUUAUAUUAUUCCAUUCGUGGUUAAAUGUUUGAAUGCGAGCGCUAAGAGCACGAUUUUUGGACCUCGGUGUGCUUGGAUCUAUUCUCUUCUCAAAGUGCUUGUCGAAAUUCACAACGAACCGGACCUUAAACUCAACUUAAAAUUUGAAAUUGAAGUUUUAUGCAAAGACCUCAGUAUUGACUUACGAAGCGUUGAAGUUGGGAAUUAUUUGAAGGAAUCUAGCAGACUGCCAAAACUUUUACCUGUCAAACCAGAUGGUCUUUCGCCCGUUCCAUCUUCUUCUAUGGGACCACUUCAACAGGCUUUCCAUUCAGGAAUGUCCAUGUUUGGUGGAGUAAAUAGGCCUGGUUCUGCUUCAGAAAUGCUCUCGAAUUUAAAUAUCUCGGCUACUGGUGGAAGAGAUUCAGCAUUUUCUGCAUCGCCUGCCUUUUCUUCACAACAAGCUUUGCAAUUGCCUUCAAGAAGUUCUGUUCAAACUCCGGCAAUUCCAGCUUUCAAUUAUGCUGAUUUGAACAUUUUUACUCAAUCAGGUCUUUUGCAAAAUACAACAAUUCCACAGCAUCUUAUUCUUUUCCAAAUGCAUCCAAAUUUGAAGUAUCUCUGCAAGAAUGCAAUUCUACAUGCAAUUAAAGAACUUAUUGGUGGAAUUGCCGAUCGUGCAAUUAGCGUUGCAAUAACUGCCACAGAACAUGUCUGCCGUAAAGACUUUUGCCUCGAUCCAUCAGAGCAAAACAUUCGUCGUGCAGCUCAUCAAAUGAUGCGUGCAAUGACUGCAGGAAUGGCAGCAAUUACAUGUCGAGAACCAUUGGCAACAACAAUGCUUGGAAUGCUUAAACAAUCACUUUGUAAUUCUAUAGGAAAUAUUCUAACUGGAAGUGAUCAAGCAAAAAUGAUUGACGAGACAGCAAUUGCUGUAACAGAAGCAAAUAUUACUUUGGCAACAAAUUUCAUUGUCAAAAGUUCUUGCGAGAAGGCAGUUAUUGAAAUUGAAAAACGUUUGGAUUCUGAAUUUGCUGCACGUAGAUUGGCUAUGAAAGAAGGUAGAACAUUCCAAAGUGGGGCUGAAUUGACGGCUGUUUUGGAGAAAGUUCCUGAAAUGAUUCGAAUUCAUCAAGGAGUUACAACAGAAUCGAAUAUUAAAAUUUAUGACGACUUUUCUGCAAAGAUUUGUGGUUUCAAGCCUCUCGUUCCUGAAGAGCGUUUUAUCGAGUUCACACGUCGUGGUCAAAUGACAACUCCAGCAGCUGGUAGUGGUCCAAGUCGAACACCAACAAAUGCUUUCUCUACUCCAUUUGUUCCAGCUACAAGUAUUUCAUCAUUACCCGAUGGUCGUCCUCCUACUGCAAUUACUUUGCCAAAUAUGCUUCCUUCGCAUCCAUCGCAAUUGCAACAUCCAACAGCAAUUAUGGGUGGUGAUAGAAUGCAAAUGAAUUCAAAUUCUCUAUUUCCUGAUGAAAAUACUUUUAACUCUGCAAAUCUUGGAUUAAGAAAAAUGAAUGAAGAUCAAAUAUUGCAAAGCAAAGUAGAGACUAUUUUGAGGGAAUGGAUUACUAUUUGCUAUACUCCAAUGGCACAACGUGAUCCUCAACAUGCUUUGGCAUGUAUUGUUCAAAUGAUGCAUGACAAUGGAGUAUUAGCAACUGAUGAAAUGAUUACAAAAUUCUUCAAGAUUUGUGCUGAUAUUUGCUUUGACGUUUCCUAUCGUCUUCUCAAAAAUGAUUGUAUUGGACAAUCAACAGUUGUUCGUCAACGUUGUUAUUAUACUUUGGAUGCCUUUACUAAAUUAACUUGUUUAAUGGUUAAGUACAGUGAUGGACAACAUCAUUCAACAAAAGUUAAUUUACUCAAAAAGGUUUUGAAUAUUCUGAGCAGCGCUGUCCACAAAGACCAUGAACAACGAAAAUUCGAUUUUAAUGGGAUGCCGUUCCAUCGAAUUUUAAUUAUCAUGUUUAAUGAAUUGACAGCUCCAGAUCCUGUUUUGGAUCCAAUCCAGUGGCACAUUCUUGAGGCUUUCGGACAAACACUUUUCUUACUCCAACCUCGUCGUGUGCCUGGAUUUGCUUUUCAUUGGCUUGAUAUUAUUGGACAUCGAAACUUCAUUGGACGAUUGCUUGCUGAUUCUUUUGAUUUGGGUCGAACUGGUGCUAUGUAUACUCAAUUAAUUCUCUGCCAUCUUAAAUUCUUGGCACUUUUUCUUCGCAACGUUCAACUUCCAAAACCUAUUUCUUUUAUUUACAAAGGAACUUUGAGGGUUUUGUUGGUUAUUCUGCAUGACUUUCCAGAAAUUCUUUGUGAGUAUCACUAUGUUCUCUGCGAUGCAAUUCCACCAAAUUGUGUGCAGCUGCGCAAUUUGAUUUUAAGUGCAUAUCCAAGAGAUAUGAGACUUCCAGAUCCUUUUGCAGAGAAUUUUUCGAAGAUUGAAAACUUUCCAGAAAUGAGUACAAAUCCAAAAACACACAAAGAAAUUAACAAUAUAAUUUCUCAAGAUUUGCGUAAACGUUUGGAUGAUUAUUUAGAGACUCGUUCUUCAAUUAGCUUUUUGUCUGACUUACCAACAUUUCUUGAAACAUCAUUACAACAACAACCAUCGUCAUCAUCACCUAGUCAAAAAUAUAAUAUUAGUGUUGUUAACGCUGUUGUUAUGUAUGUUGGUGUUAAAGCUAUUGAUUCUAUUAAUGAAAAGAAACAACAAAAAAUUUCUAUGGAAAGUAUUGCACAUACUGCUUUUAUGGAUAUUUUUCAGAAUUUGGCUGUUUCUCUUUGCACUGAAGGUAAAUAUUUGCUCUUCAAUGCCAUUGCCAACCAAUUGCGAUAUCCAAACUCGCAUACUCAUUACUUUAGUUGUACAAUGCUUUACCUCUUUUUGGAGGCAAAUUCUGAACAAAUUCAAGAACAAAUUACUCGAAUUUUAUUUGAACGUCUCGUAGCACUUCGACCACAUCCUUGGGGUCUUCUCAUAACUUUUAUUGAGCUCAUAAGAAACCCGCGUUACAAUUUUUGGAAACAUGAUUUUGUCCGUUGUGCACCAGAAAUCGAACGGUUUAUUUUGUUUAUGAGUGUUGCUAAUUCUUGUAGUGUUUGUUCUAUUCCAACAGAACAACAAUCUAAUGGAACUUGA